UUUUACUAAUAUUUCUUGUCAUCAAUUUUAUCAGACAUAAAACUAUUUACAAUAGUUUGAAAUGUAUGUAUUAAUAAUAAUUUAAACAUCAUUAAGUAAUUUUAACGUCAUUAAAAUUGACGUACAUCAAUGAUUAAGCCUUGAUAUUUCAUAUUUUAUCUGUACCUUGAAAUUAUAACGAUGAUUAAAUGAAUGAAAUAUUCACUAAACGUACACAAUAUAUCAAAUUUUAUGUCUUGAUCUAUAUCUAUGACUCAGGUGAAAUUGAAGUAAUGCUUAGUAAGUUACAAGUCUGCAAGGUGUCUAAAUCACCAAGAAAUUUUUACAGAAUUAGUUUAAUUUUUUUGUGUAAAACUUGUUCAUACAUAUAUAACUACUGAAAAGUGUAUUUACAGUAAUUGUUAAUUCUAAACUUGUAGAAGAGAGAAGAAAAGAAAAAUGAAUAAAAUUUCCAAGUCAGGAAUAAUGCGAAUAUUAUUAGAAAUUAUUUGUAUGAUAUUACUGGUUUGUGGAUUAUGUGCGUCUGAAUUAUACAUCCAGCCUCACGCCCGAGGUUUUUUUUGUAAUGAUGAAACAAUAAUGUAUCCUUAUAUUAAUAAGGCAACGAUAUCGACGUCAAAUCUUAUAAUUAUGCCAUUCAUAUUUUUUUUUUUGAUUACCAUCGGCGAAGUCAUCUACGCAAGAAAAAUCAGAAAGUCAUCAUUAGAAUUAUUAAAUUCGAAUAUUCCUAAUUGGUUAACAUUAAUUUAUCAGAAGGGAGGAUACUUUGUAAUCGGUGCAAUAACGACGGUAUUAAUUGGAGACGUUACUAAAUUAACAAUUGGAAGACUACGGCCACAUUUUAUGGACCUUUGUAAGCCGGACAUCGACUGCAGCUUGCCUAUUAAUCAUAACAAAUAUUUUAAUUCCGAUGAGUUUAAUUGCACAGCUAAUAUCACUGCUAGUGUUCUAAAGGAAGCCAGAUUAUCAUUUCCGUCGGGUCAUGCGUCUCUGUCUACUUACUGUGCAGUCUUCUUUAUCUUUUAUUUACAAUUGAGGAUCACAUGCAAAAGUCUUAAGUUGUUCAAAUAUUUACUACAGUUUAUUUUGGUAUUGAUAGUGACGUUUGUUUCGAUGACAAGAAUCGCUGAUUUUUGGCACCACUGGAGUGACGUCACAGUAGGAAUUUUAAUAGGAUUGAUAAAUGCUUUAGUAACUGUAUUUUUAGUAGCUGACUUAUUAAAAGAACGGAAAACAAGUAAUGUCAAUAAUGAUCAAAAAAUUAAUGACAGUAAUAGUAAUGGCCAAAUUAAUAUUCUUGUAAAAAAUGAAAAAUUAAUUAUUUAAAUAUAUAACGUGGAUACUCAAUUUAAUAAAUUACAAUUUUUCUAUCAACAAAAAUUU